CCCCCUCAAACUGCUAGCCGUCGGUGUGUGUUGUUGUUCAAGCAAUGAUGGCGGCGGCAGCGGGAUGCGGAUCGGCAACCGCGGCUGCCGUAGGAGGCCAAGGUGGAAACGCUACGGCCAGAGGUCGUUUCCCCGGUCGGCCUUGGUCAUCGCGGAGUCGUUUGCGAUCCGAGAAGCGAUGGCAACUCGGGCGUUCGAGCUCAGAAGCUGAUGAUGUGACUAACGGAGGGCCAAGGCCCGCAAACCUGGCUCUUUCGUUAAACGAAGACCAGUCUCACUUGCGCCUACUCGGGAUAGAGGCAAGCCACAAGAUCCUCGGCCAAGCUGGAUACAGCUCUAGUGGAAGUGAAGAGGGUGAUGACUUCAAAGGAUUUGAAGCUGACAAAAGAGGUUCUGCCGAAUCUGCAAUGCUGCAAAAAAAUUCUUCCAAAGGAGACACUGUCAGCACAAAAUCUAGGAGAAAAAGUGAGAAGCCGCCACAAAAAGUGCCAGCAAUUGAUGAGGCUAUCCCGCCUGACCCUGUAAAAGAAGAGAAAGCUGCGGAGGAAACACAGGACAUAUCUCUAGAAACAAAACCGGCGAGGGAUUCAAAGAAGCCGUCAAAAGGAAAAAACACUAUGGACCAGGGGUCAGCUAAAGGCAGAGCAUCAGCUGCAGCCCCAAGGAUUACUAUUAAGUUGGUGGCCAAAAAGAAGGUGAAAACUUUAAAAGAGCCUCAGAUAAAAGCGGAUAGAAAGUUAAAACUGAAAGAAGCGCAGGACCAGCCCGAUGUUGAGGACAAUCAGGCUGAUCAGAUUUUAAGUGCUCAUAUCAAGUUGAAAACAGAGUCGUUCAGCGAUGAACUCAGCCCCGGGGAGAAAGCACCAGCUACCGUACCUAUGAGGAGGCGUGGGAGAUCUGCUGUAAAGGUAGCAGAGCCUUUAAGCCAGACUACUGCCAAAGUUGUGGUUGGUGACCAAAAAUCUAAAGAGAAGCAACCGACCAACAUGGAUAAGGAAAGCGGUUCUGCGAAGCAAAAACUGAACGCGAAGGAUGUAAAGAAAAAGAGAGCUGCCCUGCCUCGGCGUUCUGGGGUUAGACUUGUUACCCGUAGAAGUGCGAGAGUUUCUACCCCCCUCUCUAAAAACACAACAGACGCUGUUUCUGAAACAGAAAGUCUGAGUAAACCUGCAACUGUUCAGCCCGAGUCCAAGACCGAAAUCUCACAAAAAGCUCAAGCCAAACCAGCAGUGCGUAGAGAAGGACGACGGCAAAGCAGAAGAUUAAAUAAAGAUAUUACAGUACCAGAAAAUCAUGGCUCAUUAUCCACAGAACCGGACAAUUUAUCUGCACAUGCCGGUGAAAGUGUGCCCAUUAAAAUCGAGGAAAUGAGAGUCCCCAGCAUAAAGUUAAUAAAGAUCAGAAACCCUAAAUAUGAUGCACAAGCCAGUGGGAAGACUUUGUCUCGUAAGAAAAAACGGAAAAAAUAUAUUUGGACUUUAGCAUUGGUCGAAUUAGGAAGUCCAACUGUGAGGGCAGAAGAUAGCCUUAAAGUACCAACAGAGGCUGUUAGCAAAGAGGACCAGGCACCUCUUUGUGACACCAAUGUUAAGAAAACCCCAAAGAGAAAGGGUAGAAAAUCCAAAAAGGAAAGCACGGUUCCGCUUGAAAGCCAGAACAAUGUUGAAAAGGAUCCACAAAGCAUGGCUGACUCUGAAACAUCAAGUUUAAAUGUGCAAGCUGAAGCAGAUCCUACGCCUGAAACUCCCACGCAAGACACCUCCAAAGCAGAUUGCGGGAAGGUACCACCUCUUCAGAUUAAAAAAGUCUCUUCUCCCGGCAAACAUAAAAGCUCUAAGCCGUCUUUUCUCAUUCAGCAGGUUAGCCCUAUACCUGAAAAGAAGGAGGAAAAUAUGAAGGAUUUGCCAGAAGCUCAAGAGGAGAUGUCUUCUUUACAGGAUACUGAGGGCAGCCCGGUUAGGAGGCUAAGAAGGAGGGCAUCAAGUCUUGAGUCACCGCAGAAGAAAUGUGUCAGCCAGAAACCUUCAACCGUUCAGAAACGAAGGUUAAGGAAAAGUCCUCAAGAGAAAGAAAUGCCACAGCUGAAAGCCGAAGUUUCUUCUCAGGUUUCCUCCGAAGAGUCCGCCCCUCAAAUUCUUACAACAACCUCAUGUCCUAAUUUGGCCGAAGAUCCCCCAGUGGCUACCAGUUUAAACCCCCCUGAUAUUCUAGAAAAGGAAACACCAAAAGUCCCAGAUAGUCCACCACAAAUGCAGGCUGAAGUUUCUCCACAGACACUGGAGAACAAGCCAGAGCCGCAGAUUGAAGAGGCUCAGCCAUUGACAGUGCCUUCCAAACCUAAAAAGCCCAGAACAAAUAAGCAAGGCAAGAAAAAGAAGAUGGGUCGAAAGCCGAAGGCUUUGGUUUUACCUGAUGCCACCGUAGAGACGGCCCCCGACGCUGUUGAGGUUAACACGGAGCCCGCUCAGUUGGAAAAUUUUCAGCCUUUAGUCGAAGAGGUGAGUCAGCCGGAGGGAGAGGAGAGAACAGAACCAGAGUCGGAGACCAAACAGGACUCCGUGUCAGUAGAAGUCCAAGAACAACCGGUACGCCCAACAGUAAAAGAAGAACCGGAUAUGCAGUCUAUAGACAGUAAGCAUUUGGAAGACGGGCAGCGGUUGGAAGACGGGCAGCGGUUGGAAAGCAGGCAGCGGUUGGAAGACGGGCAGCGGUUGGAAGACGGGCAGCGGUUGGAAGACGGGCAGCGGUUGGAAAGCAGGCAGCGGUUGGAAGACGGGCAGCGGUUGGAAGACAGGCAGCGGUUGGAAGACGGGCAGCGGUUGGAAAGCAGGCAGCGGUUGGAAGACGGGCAGCGGUUGGAAGAAGGGCAGCAUUUGGAAGACGGGCAGCAUUUGGAAGACGGGCAGCAUUUGGAAGGCGGGCAACAGCUACACAGCCAGGAGAUGGACAGUCAGCAGUUAGUGGUGUCUAAAAGUCAAACAUUUGCUCAAACUAUAUCUAAGAAACCUUACAAAAAGCUAAAAAAGAAACGUAAAAACCUAAUUGGUCAGCAUCAAAAGCACAAGCACAGAGGCAGGGAUGGGAAAUUUGCUCCACUUACAUCUCAUGAAAGUCAAAGUUCCUUUGAGGCUAAUGAUAACAGUUCUCUGCUUCUGACAGGCCCCACUCCUCCCCACAGUGCGACGCUCAUCGGAGUACAGAAAAAAUACAAAAAGAAGCACACAGGCCUGCAUUUUGUUGGAGCUAAAAAGUCAAAAUCUCGGUCUAAAAUCAUUUCCAGCCUGAUUGAUAUGGGAAUGGACAAAGGUAGUUUAAAGCAAGAAGAAGCCGACACUCCAGUGGACACUGAACAGCAUGAUGUUGUGAAUGCCCAGCCUUGCAAGUCAAAGUUUGUCAAAAACAUCAAGCACUUUAUCAUGCCUGUGGUAAGUGCAAGGUCCUCCCGAGUGAUCAAGACUCCACAGAGGUUCAUGGAUGACAUCGGCAUGUCUGUGUUGCCUCGAAGGCACUCUCCAAAGAAGGGUUUACAGCUGGGCUUGAACAUUCGUCCAGGGAAGAGACGAGAGGAUGGGCCUGAAAGGCCACUGUCUCCCAUCUUUCCUAUUGACGAGGACAUUUUGAGCGAAGCUCAGCUGGAUGUUGAUCUGUUUUCAGCUCAGGACCUGGAGGACAGCAUUGAUUUAGCUGACAGCCUGUUUUUUGACUGUAAAAGUGAGAAAAACGAAAAGAAGUCUCCUCUAAAGAACGCUAGCUUCAAGUGGAAUCUUCCUGAAGAUCCCUGCGAGGAGUUAUUUACACUGGAUAAAAGCGCAGAGAGCAAAUGUGAGGAUCUGUUUUUAUCUACCACAGCAGAUAAGCUCCCAGAACCGUCUUCAGACCUCACAGAGGUUCUGAAAAAGAAGAGUCCGCCCAAAUUUAACAAGCAGGCAGCUCACCUGAACAUUUACCAGAGACUUAAAAAGCCUGUCUUAGGACUUCCAAAAAGCAAAAUCACACAAGAGCUGGAACCUACGUGCAAACCCACUUUGCCUCCAGUUGAUUUAGCAGAGGGACUCGACGAUGAGGUCAUGAGCAUCAGUCUGAGACAGCGGGACACAAACGUAGAAAAGGAAAAGUCCAAGAUAAAGAUCGAAGACCUGGACAGUCCAGGGGUGGUUCGAAAGGUUUCUGUCUGCGUUCGGACUCCUCAUUCCUACGCCGCUGCUUUGAAGCAAUGUGAAGAGGAAGCAUCAGCAGUAAAAGACUCAGCUUUAAGUGACUCAGGAGGGCUGUCGGUACAGAAAUCACACGCAGCUGAAGGCGUUCCUCCUGGGCAUACGGAGAGGGGAGCGCCACAAAGGCCACGCCUCACUAGUGCAAAUAAACGGAUGUUGAAUCUCCUCAGGAAAGCAAAGGUUCAACUCAUUAAAAUUGACCAGCAGAAACAGCUAAAGUCAUCUGGGCUGUUAUCUGGCACCGCUGCUUCCCGAUCCCAAGAUAUUGCCUCAAAAAGACAUAGGAGGAAGCAGAGGGCGCAGGUUCCUCGUCCUCAGGUUCCUGUCAAGACAGAGCCACUUCAAGGACAACCACAGCUCAUCUCUCCAUUGUGCCAGGAGUUCCGGCGAGCAGGCGGCCCACGUAUCAAGCAUGUGUGUCGCGCCGCCUCCGUCGUCCUGGGCCAGCCCCGAGCCAUGGUACCUGAUGACAUUCCCCGACUGAGUGCCUUGCCGCUGCAUGAAAGAUCCGGCAUUUCCCCGUCAGCUAUCCCUAAAGAUAUUGGGUCUCCAUCAGAGUCAGACAGCCCCAGCCUAUCGGAUCCUAAGGCAACAAAGUCUAAAAAGCCGUCCAACUUUGGGAAGAAGAAAGGCCUCGGGCCGUUCGGAUACCGCUCGCGGCGGUGUGGCAUCUGCAAGGGCUGCAACCACGAGGAGGAUUGUGGGAAGUGCAUAAACUGCCUCGACAAGCCGAAGUUUGGUGGCCCUAACACUAAACGACAAUGUUGUGUGUAUAAGAGAUGUGAUCAGAUUGAAGAGAGGAAAGCGCGCAGACUUAGCGGCAGAACAGCUCCCAAAAGUUCGUCUAAGCGGAGGCGGUCCUCCUUCAGCGGGGGUUGUUCAAGCAAUGACGAAGGCAACGAGGGUGGUGGGGACUCGCCAUCUGGUCCCAACACAGACGGUCACAGUCCAUCAGUAAGGAAGCAGCCAAAGCGCGUUGUGAAGCCACGCGUCUAUUUUAACCUGAUGGAUUACGACUCAGACCUUGACAACAAAGCUUUAUCGAGCUCUGCCUCACCAGCAAGAAGGAGGGGUGCUGGACAUCGCUUCAACCAAGACUUUGUCUCCCUGGACGGGUUCUUUGAAGACUUCUCAGAUGAUGAAGUCCGACACCGUAAAUCCAGUUCACAUCGGGUACCACAGAGUCGACGGAAACCUGAGAAGGCGCUUCCAUCUCAGGUUCCCUUGGAGCAAACCCCCCCCAGUGUCCUUGCUGCCCUUGCUCAUGGGUUUGAGCAGCGGGAAGUCGAGUCUUCUAAACCAACUCACAAACUCAGGGUGGACUUCAAAGAGGACUGUACUUUGGAGAAUGUCUGGAAUAUGGGUGGUUUGAGUAUUCUGACCUCUGCACCUGUCAUGCCGCCCUACGUGUGCUUCCUUUGCGCCAGUAAAGGACAACAUGAGAUGCUCUACUGCCAAGUAUGCUGCGAACCCUUCCACCAGUUUUGCCUAGACCCUGCUGACCGCCCCUCAGAGGAAAAUAAAGAAAAUUGGUGCUGUCGACGCUGCAAGUUUUGUCAUGUUUGUGGAGGGAAAAACAGACUCUCCAAGCCUUUAUUGGAGUGUGAACGAUGCCAAAACUGUUAUCAUGCUUCCUGCUUGGGACCAAACUAUCCAAGGCAAAACAAGAAAAGGAAAGCCUGGGUUUGUACAACAUGCAUCCGGUGCAAAAGCUGUGGUGUGACACCAGGAAAGACCUGGGACACGGACUGGAACCAUGACAAAGGCCUUUGUCCAGACUGUUCAAUCCUGUUUGACCAGGGUAAUUAUUGUCCAAUCUGCUUCAAAUGUUAUGAAGACAAUGACUACGAUAGCCAGAUGAUGCAGUGCGGCUCAUGCAACCACUGGGUACAUGCCAGGUGUGAGGAUCUAACAGAUGAGCUGUAUGAGAUCCUGUCCAGCCUGCCUGAAAGCGUGGUGUAUUCAUGCCGGCCAUGCAGUGUGACCCAACCGAGCGCCUGGAGGGAGCUGCUUUACAUCGAGCUCAGAGCUGGGGUGGAGAAGGUGUUGGCAUGCCUGCUCUCCUCCACUCUCACACAGCAUCUUGUCACAUGCUCACAGUGUGAAAAGCUGGUCGAUCCUGACAGUGUGGUUGAAAACCAGCCAGCCUGUGACCUCCGAGCUGUUGGCAAAAAGUUUGACAAAGGCCUCUACACCACCCUGAAAAUGUUCCAUGAAGAUGUGGUUCAAGUGAUACGAAAAAGACUUGAGCAGGAAGACCAUCUCCCAGAGGAGCAGAGGCCCACUGCUCUGGCUCGCUCUUACUACCUAAAGCUUCUGGAAGAGGUUUUUAACUGGUUUAACAGCCAAGACCCAAAGCUGUGGAACCUUUCUGCCAAAGACUUAACACCAGGUAUGCUGUCGACUGCUGUUCAUCCUCCCACAACGGAACAUGUUUACGCUCAGUGGCAGGAGAGGAAGGAGCUGCUGUCCCGGCCCCCGCUGGGCCUCCUUCAGGAUGACAACGGACUACAAACACUGGAUAUAAAAGAGGAGGACGCGGCUUCUCCAAUGUCAGGGGACUCACUGAGCCGAAACCACUUCAAAAAUAGCCGGACAGCCAAACUCAAAGGAAAAAGAGGCAGACUUUCAAAAGCUGACUUGGACACUGGGUGGUCCAAAGAGGAUGAAAGGCAGUGCUCCUUGUGUCAGAAAUAUGGAGAUCUCAAACCCAAUGAAGCAGGAAGACUUCUCUACCUUGGCCAGAAUGAGUGGGCACACGUCAACUGCUGUUUGUGGUCUGCUGAGGUCUUUGAAGAAGAUAAUGGCUCCUUGUUACAUGUACACAGCGCUGUGACAAGGGGGCGGCUGAUGCGAUGCGAGCGCUGUAAUCAGACUGGUGCCACCGUGGGCUGCUGUUUGACAUCUUGUCAAAGCAACUACCAUUUCAUGUGUGCCCGUUCGCGACAGUGUGUGUUCCAGGAUGAUAAAAAGGUCUACUGCCACAAACACAGACAUCUCAUUAGUGGAAGGAUGAUAACUGGUCAGGAGUUUGAAGUAAACCGCAGAGUCUAUGUGGACUUUGAAGGGAUCAGCCUUCGCAGAAAGUUCCUCACUGGACUAGAGCCAGAACUGAUCAAUGUUAUGAUUGGUUCGUUGCAGAUUGAAAAGUUGGGUAUGCUGUCUGAGCUUUCAGCUAGCAAAGGCAAACUGUUUCCUGUUGGGUUUCAGUGCUCUCGAUGGUACUGGAGUACCCUGAACCCACUGCAACGGUGCAGAUAUACCUGUAAAAUUCGGGAGGUGCGGCCUGUUAUCCAGGAGAAGCCUGUUGAAGAAAUGCCAGACCAGGGAGACAAUCACACUAUCGCCCACAGUCCACGUCAACUGCCUGGAGCUUCUGUCGAAGAGGCAGAGGAAACGGAAGUCCACCACCCUUCAGAGGAAUCCCAUCUUCUGUGUCUUCCCCCAAAGUCUGAUCAUAGUACAAAGCCAAAAAUCCCCAAUCAUCCUCUUCAUCGGCGACCAGCUGGAGGUCUGUCCCGUCCUCUGCCAUGUCCAGGUGUAGUUCAGACUAAACCCCACCACAUCCUGACCAUAAGUGAUCUAGAAGAGACCCGGAGAGCUCGCCGCCACAGCCCACACUCUGGGACACCAGGCCUAAAGAGUCGUAUGUCCCCGCCCCCCGUUGCCCCUCUAACCGGACCCAUUACCCUCCGUGCCGGGAAAUCUCCUCACCCAACCUCCCCUUUGUUUCCACUCGGUGUUUCAGACAACCUGAUGAAUUCAUCCCGCUCAGUCGGUGGUAGAAACGCUUCCUCAGUCCGCGCCACAUCGUUCUUCCCUCAGUCUCACUGGCAUGAGAACACAACCUCCAUGCAGCAGUUACCCAGGAGCCGCCUGUCCUUUGAUCUGAGUGGCUCCGAUUCAGUUGAGGUGCCGCACAACUUUUUAGCUUCGCCGGAGCCAGAAGACGUCUCUCCAGCAAACGGCGCUUCGCCCCACGGCGAUGUAGACAAGCACGGUGACCAUUUUCCAUACGACUCCUUUCACAGAGAGUCCAGCAUAAGUCUGGGUGAGGAGAUGCGAACAGAACUGGAGAUUGAAGAAACACUUCUGAACGAAGGUGUGGCAAUGAACUGCGGGGGGCAGAUAGUGGUGGAAGGUGAUGAUGCGGAGCAGUUUUGGGGAAGAACCAAAGAGGUACGGAAGAGGAAAUCCCUUGUUGCAAAUCUUCCACGUUCUGCAGCCUCGGCAAAGGAAGAUUUGGGAAGCACCUCCUCAGAUGAUGAUAUGGAGCACUACUUGAACUUUUCAAGAACUGUAGUCAGCUGCCCAGCAUCCAAAGAUCGAUCUAAGUCUCCUUGCUCCUCUUCUUCAACCCGGCCCUUGGCUCAGCUGGAUGGGAUAGAUGACGGUACUGAGAGUGACGCAAGCCUAGCGGCCACCGAUGAUUCUCAGAAGGUUGAUGGACCUGGGAAAAAUGAGAUAAAAAGAAAAGACCUUCAUAAUAAAAGUAGUGAAAUCACAAACAGAGCCAAAUUAGCUAAUCUCUCAUUUCACCACAACCAAGCAGCACCUUCAGGUGCUAGAAAAGGUACAGCUGACAGACCCCCCCAAUGUCCGCCGAUAUCCUGUGAUGCCUCAAACACUCCUUUGAUAGAUCAUGAAUCUAUACCUCCUACUCCAGGUGUCGAAGCUCUUCCUAACUUGCUCAUUAAGGUGCCUGAGACGUGCUAUUCAGACCCGUUGUCGUCCGGUUCCAGUUUAGGCUUUGCCUCUGAAGCGGCGCUUGUGCUUGAGAGAUGUGACGGAAACCCAAGUUUCACUGAACUGCUUCCUGUUGUACAAGGACCUGAAAGCCAGCAGAGUGAAAUCUGCGAAGCCCUGAACUCGGAGUCCGACGGCCCCAACUUUACGUCUUCAGCCGAGGACCCUGCUGUUUUGACAAACCAUAUAACAUCUGAUCUGAUGGAUUCAGCUGAUAAUAGCCAGAGCUCCACGCUGGGCCUUCUCCAGCCCCCCUCUUUUAUGCCUACAGAUGUGCAAACCCCCUCGCAAUGCCUCGUAGAUUCUCUUGAGGUGUAUCCCUGUUUACCAGGUUUCAGUAAUCCUCCUCUAACCAGUAUCACACUUCAGCCAGUGGCACCACCUCAGGAAUCCCAGAACUUCCCCUGCAUUGAGCCUUUGUCCUCUAAACUGACAACCCUUACUCCUGUAGGAGAUGUUAUCCAAACGCCGCUGAAUGACCCUCAGAAUGAUCCAGCAUUACCAGCUUGUUUAGGGACUGGUUCCCCAACGGAAACUUGCGCUGCUCUGUUCUCUGCUCAGACGCAUCCGUUCAGUUCUGGCACUGCUGUUUCUUCCUCUGUUUCUGUAUCAACUCUUCCUGGGCUGUUAGCACAGGGUGCAGCCACUCCAAUACCGCUGCAGACCACUUCUGCUCCUGUGGUCCUGAACGGUUAUAGCUCCUCCACUACACAGAAGGAAGCAAUGUCCAGCCACACAAUCUCCAUCAACUUCUCCUCUCAGAGGCAAGCGAUAGAACCUCACCAGCAGGUGCUGCCUCAGGCAUUACCUGGUCACGCCAUCCUUACUGUGAAAGAGGUCGGAGGUCCGAAUGUAGAUCCCACUCCUCAUGUUUUGUUGGUGAACCGCCUUGGGCAGAUCUUUGUGAAGAACCCUGAAAACAAUGCAUUCCAACUGCCCACUCCGAAUUCCUCAUCCUAUAACUGUGUCACCCAGAUUGCCAGUCUUUUGCAGAGCAACGCUCUUUCAGCCACACUGGCUGCAGCUGGAAACAUGACUGUUGCUCCACCUGGCACCAGCCUGACGGCAGCUUCUGCUACCGCCACACCGUCGGCUCAGAACCCAACCACAGUUACACAGCUGCUCACACACAACAGCAACGGCGCCGUGGCCUCAUCCAAUUCCAAGAAGCCCAGAAAAAAUACAAAAACUCUGAAAGAUGAAGCAGCCUCUGAGCUGAAGAAACCAAAGAAGAAGAAGGAGUCCAGUUCAUCCAGGAAAUCAAAGUCCUCCAAGGCUGCAGGACAGCCUGCCUUAUCUGCUGAGACUCACCAGAUGAGUCCUGCCGAGAGCGCCCAGGCGAUCAUCAAUCAAGCAAUGGCGAGUAACUACACCCCAAAGUGGACCGGGCUCCAGACAAUGAGUCCUUCCUCACUGGUUCUACCGCCUGGCCUUCUAAUUGAGCCCGAAUCUCCAGUAUCGCCACGUUCUCCUUCACCUCCAGCACCACCGCCGCCACCUCCAGCCCCUCGGCCUCGUUCCCACGUCCGCAUGAAGAGAGUGUCUUCCCUCUCCGACCGCAUCGUCACGAAGAAGUGUAAAGUUGACUUCCUGCCACCAGAGGGCAUCAGCGAAGAGGAGGAGCCCCGUAAAGCCGCUUUUCCAAGCGCAUCCAACAGGGCCUCAGGAGUUCGCAUUAAAACCCCAACAGUGAAGGGCGUCCUGAAUCUGGAUGAGAUGAAGGAUGAACAUCUUAGUGAUUCUGAGAGCUCAGGGUCCGACUCUUGGAGCUUCCUGUCUCAGGGUGAUGCUGGAAAGCACCUUGCAAGAGAAAGCUUGGGUCACAUGAACUUGACCGACUGGAAGAAAUACUCAGGCUCUGUUUCAACUUCAGAUGAUGAACCGACACCUUCUGAUGAUGACGAUGAUGGACGUCCAAUUAACAAAGACCAGCCUCAUCUGCGAUUUGAGAUUACCAGCGAUGAUGGUUUCAGCGUGGAGGCAGACAGUGUUGAGGUGGCCUGGAAAGCAGUAAUUGAUGGUGUGCAGGAAGCCAGAGCGAUCACAAGGCUCAGGCCUCUGGCUUUUCAGAAGAUCACUGGCCCUCGUAUGGUGGGACUGAUCCACGAUGCGGUGGUGUUUUUGCUGGAGCAGCUUGAGGGGGCUCACCGCUGUCAGCGUCAUUCUUUCCGUUUCUUCAAACAGUUUAGCCAAGAAGAGGACUUGCCUGUGAAUCCUACCGGCUGUGCCCGCUCUGAGCUUUAUGUUAGGAAGUCCACUUUCGACAUGUUCAACUUUCUGGCCUCUCAGCACAGACAGCUUCCUGACAUCGGUCCAUAUGAUGAUGAGGAAGAUGAUGUUCUUCUGAAGUCCACACGACGGGCUACCAGCUUGGAGCUGCCGAUGGCCAUGCGUUUCAGACACCUGGAACGGACCUCCAAGGAGGCAGUUGGAGUCUACAGGUCAGCGAUUCAUGGGCGCGGCCUCUUCUGCAAAAGGAACAUUGAAGCUGGGGAGAUGGUCAUUGAGUAUGCUGGCAUCGUCAUCCGCUCAGUACUCACAGACAAAAGAGAAAAGUACUAUGACGGCAAGGGUAUCGGCUGCUACAUGUUCCGCAUCGACGACUUCGACGUGGUGGACGCCACCAUGCAUGGCAACGCAGCCAGGUUCAUCAACCACUCCUGCGAACCAAACUGUUACUCGCGUGUGAUCAACGUGGAAGGCCGAAAACAUAUUGUCAUCUUCGCACUAAGAAAAAUCUACCGGGGCGAGGAACUCACCUACGACUACAAGUUCCCCAUCGAAGAUGCCAGCAACAAGCUCAACUGCAACUGCGGGGCCCGGCGAUGCCGCCGCUUCCUCAACUGAUGACUCUGUGGUAGAUCCUGGGUAACUAGUAAGCCUUAAUACGAAGAUGACGAGAGAUUACCUCCACAGCCUCGCAUGGAGAUAACCACUAUGAGACUGACCGGAAAUGCGCAGCUGGUCAGAAAAUGAGGGAAAUUUGACUAUUUGGAAAGUUUCCUGUUUCAAAUUUCCUCUGCGUAGUUUUACUUGUUUUUUUUUUUCUUGUUUUUUUUGUUGACACAUUCAGCUCCAUCAACAGUAAGCAAGGAUGUGGUUUUGAAUAUUUAUAACUCGGCAUUGAAGCAGACAAGAGAGGACUUCCUCUACUUUAAAUGGAGGAUGCCAACAUUCACUGAGCCUUAUGUGUUUGAAGCAUUGCUGAAGCUAAAGUUUGGUUCCUUGUAGAGUUUAUUAUUUUUGGGUGGAGGCAGGAUUCGUCCUUCUGUAGUGAUUUGUUCAGAAAUACUCCAUUUUAGUUUUACUUUGGUGGCGGGUUGGUUAUAGCUCCAUCUGUGCAGUGGUGAUGUCUGUUUUUGAGCCAUACAUUCACCCAAUCCUGUAUUUUUUGUGUUUGAAUUUGCUUACAAUCAACAGCUCUCUUUAUUUUUCUUAGAUGUAAAUUUUGUUUAUAACUUAACAACCAUGGUGCUAAAGCUUUUAAAGCUUUUUUUUUUCUUUUAGUUGGACUAAAACGUAUUGAGAAUCAGGAAUCGUUUAGCUGUAUAUAAUCCUCCCUGAUGAUAAACUUAUGCACUCAAGCAUUUCUUCUAAAAUCACUGGUGUGCCAAGAUUCUCCAAUUUAGCAUCAGGCCUCUGCUGUUUUUUUUUGUUUUUGUUUUUUUAUCUGCUCCCAAUUCUAAAUUGGAUGUUGUAACGUGGUGGUACUGUAGUGUCAUAGUUAUAAAAACAGAAGCGUGUCUUGUUAGACAUUGUAUGUGCUCUGCAUAUGUAGCAAACACUACCCAAAGCCAAAAGUGAAGAUUUGUAUAGGGGAGAGAUUUUUUUUUAAGUACAUUUUUUGUUUUCUAGCCUGAUGCUAAUUUUUUACUUCUUCCUAAUGCAAUAAAACUUGGCGGGUCAGCAGUUUCACACCAAUAAACAUAACCACCAGAGCAUUACCUUCAUGUUUCGGAGACCUGCUAAAGACUAGAAGUCAGGGAGAGUAAUGGGGCUUAAAGCGUUGCUACUGAGCGCUUGUGUUCGGCGCAGAGCUGAGAGGGGCGUUGUGCACCUUUUGGAGAAAAAGCAAAACGUUGUAAGUUGAUGUUCAGCGCUGUUGAUGACGAGGGUAGAUUGAAAUCCCGCAGUUCGGCUUGUUAAUCGUAUUUAUUCAUGUUUGGAUUUGUGUUUUUAACGGUAAAAGGUUUUGCUGUUUAUAAUGCGGUGGUGGUCUAAUGUACAGCAUUUCCCCUCUUUUGCAUCUUUCUUUUGUUUACAGGUGAUGUCCUUCGUUUUUGGUUGUUUACUUGAAUUUCCAUUUCAGGCCGUUGUCAUACAUUUAAGCCUUUUAUGACUGUUAUAAUUUUUUUUUUUUAAAGAAGUCUUUUUAUUGAUAUUUUUUUAUUGUAGAAGACUGUCUAGCAAAGAAUCAGCCACAGGAGUUAAAAGUGAGCACUUUUCGCCUACUAAUACCCACUGUAUAUUUUGCUUUCAUCCAUCUCCUUUCCGUUUUAAAGACUCAAUAGAGCAAAUCGACAUCAUGUUUUAACCCAUUUUCUCAUUUGCAUGACUUGUGCUGGGAUAGAGCCCAGGUUAGCAGGGCAGAGUCGGUCCUAACUUGCAAGGAUUUCUACCUCAGCUGAUUAAACAGAUGUUUGGGAUUACUGAUGCAAAAAGAGACUUUGAUAAAAAAAUUAGUAAAAAGCUUGUUUUUAAUAUUCUUGUAUGUACGUGUGUGUGUGUUUGUACGUAUAUAUAUAUAUAUAUAUAUAAUAUAUAUAUAUAUAUUAGUGUGUUUUUCUUUAAUUCUGUGUGCAUGGAAAGAAGGCUGUGGAAGCCCUAUUUAAAAGCAAAAGUUAUGACCAUCUCUCCCAGGAUCUGUUAAAGCUGUAUGUUAUAUAUAUACAUACCUAUAUAUAAAUAUAAAUAUAUAUGAGAAAUCUAAAAAAUACGGUUAUUUUAGAGUGUAAAAGACAUAGAAAUGAGAAAAUGUGCUCUUUAAAUUUACGUCUUUGUUACCAUGUAAAAAUAAACCCUGAGUUUGUAAAUACUUGUAUAUACAUUUCUAAACCUGUUUAAUUUUCUAUGCACUUUUUUUAUUUAUAAUGUUACUUGCUUAAUAAAGAUGUUAAGAUGUUUGAA